AUGGUGCGUGGCGAAGAGCAAAGACCUGCCGUAGAAUGUGUUUCGGAGUCGGCGACGGCAGAGCAACAAGCAACUCUGGCGAAACAGAAGCAAUUGCAAGCAGAACAUGAUGACAAGGAUAUGGAUGCCAAAGCUGAAUUAAUCAUUGCACUGGAUGCAAGUAUCAUUAGAAUGGUUAAAAAUUUUAAAACUUCAAAUGAGGUAUGGUUAUACUUACAAGAUACUUAUGAGCGGAAGUCGACGCGUCGCAAGGCGGAAGCUUAUCGUAAGUUGCUGAGUUUGAAUAUGGAGAAUCAUUUGACGAUUACGCAGUAUCUUAUAGAAUUUGAUAUAUGUGUUUCAUUUCUAAAUGAAAUGAAUGUCAAUUUGGAUGAAGAUUUUCUAACAGUUAUUUUAAUAGAUGGUCUAUCGGAUGCUUAUAAAGAGAUAAGGGCUGCAUUUAAUACUGCUAACGAGUUUCCUUCUCUCAGAACUUUACGAUCAAGACUCCACGAAAUCGGUGAGAAAUCUGAACAUAAUGCAAGUGAUCAAGAUAACGCGCUAAAGGUGAACAAGUUCAAGAAACAAGCACUGUAUGUAGAUGAUAUUAUAAUUGCAUCGAGCUCCAAAGAUAAAACCGAAAAGUUUGUAACGGAAUUGCAACGAAAUUUUGAGGUUCGUGAUAUGAAGGUGCCAAAACAUUGCAUUGGUCUAGAAAUAGACAUCCAGCCAGGAUCUAUUUCCAUAUCACAGCCAGGAUAUAUUAAGAAUUUAGUCAGUAAGUAUGGCAUGGAGAAUGCGAAAACUGCGAACAUACCGAUGCAAUCUAAAAUCAGAUUAGAAAAAGAACCAACAAUUUCAGGAGAAGGCGUGAAGAUAAAUCGAAAAACAUAUCAAGAAAUAGUUGGCUCUUUAUUGCAUCUAGCUGUUUUCAGUCGACCUGACAUAAGUUGCAGC